AUGAACGGGCACUCGCAGACCAAUGGACAUAUCGAUGACGGCCGGAUAACUUCUUUGACAAACGGGGUUGCCGGCUCUCCUCCGUCGGAAUGGGUUGUGCAAAAGUUCGGCGGAACGAGCGUGGGGAAGUUCGCUCUCGAGAUAGUCGAUAAUGUCGUCCAACCAUAUCUCGAGAACCAUCGCGUCGCUGUCGUGUGCUCUGCUCGCAGUAGCUCGUCCAAAGCUGAUGGCACCACCAACCGGUUAUUGCGCGCUGCGCGAGAAGCAGACAAUCCCAAAUCCUUCAAUUACCUUGCUUUGAUCGAAGCUGUCAAGCAGGACCAUAUCAUCGUCGCCCGCGAAUUUAUACAAAAUCCAGACCUUCGAGAACAAUUAAUCAUUCAAGUUGAGGCCGAAUGCGCCCGAAUCCUUAGAAUCUUAGAUGCCGCUCAAACACUCGGAGAAACCAGCAGUCGAUGCGUUGACAUGGUCAUCAGCGCUGGUGAAAAACUAAGCUGCCGUUUUAUGACUAUGUUAUUGAAAGAUCGUGGUGUAGAUGCCCAGUAUGUGGAUCUUUCGGACGUUAUCGACUUUGCCGCCGGGAUCCAAGCGCUGGACCAGGAUUUCUAUGAUCGUCUCGCCGAAAUAUUCGGUGCAAAAGUGCGGGAAUGCGCAGCCAAAGUUCCCGUGGUGACGGGUUAUUUUGGCGUUGUCCCAGGCGGCUUGCUGGACAAAAUCGGGCGUGGCUACACAGAUUUAUGUGCAGCUCUUGUGGCAGUUGGAAUCCGGGCCGAAGAGUUACAAGUUUGGAAGGAAGUGGAUGGCAUAUUCACCGCUGACCCUCGAAAGGUUCCCACGGCUCGACUAUUACCAGUGAUCACUCCUGCUGAAGCGGCUGAGUUGACAUUCUACGGCUCAGAAGUGAUUCAUCCGUUCACUAUGGAGCAGGUAAUCCGUGCGAAGAUACCGAUCCGAAUCAAAAAUGUGAUGAAGCCAAAGGGGAAUGGCACAGUCAUCUAUCCAGAUUCCACAUCCGAACUAGAAAAGACAACGCCAGGCCACGAUCCGAAACUUUUCCGGACAAGAGGACCUCAAUUCAUGGCUCAGCAACCUGGACCGAAACGGCCGACGGCGGUAACGGCAAAGCACAAGAUCCUCGUGAUUAACGUGCAUUCCAACAAACGAUCCUUGUCACAUGGGUUUUUUGCUGGUAUCUUUUCGGUCCUUGACAAAUGGCGGUUAUCAAUCGACUUGAUUUCGACCAGCGAAGUACACGUCUCCCUUGCUCUUCAUUCCGAAAUUCCAUUGCUCAAUGGAGUCGGCCAUGAUGAGUACCAGAUCAUUGACGAAGAUCUGCGAGGCGCUAUCCAAGACCUCCGAAAAUAUGGCACCGUUGAUAUCAUCCCAGAAAUGGCGAUUCUCAGCCUAGUUGGCAAACAAAUGAAAAAUAUGGUAGGAGUAGCCGGACGCAUGUUCACCGUUUUGGGAGAGCACAACGUGAAUAUUGAAAUGAUAUCACAAGGUGCCAGCGAGAUCAACAUAUCUUGCGUGAUUGAAGAAAAAGAUGCCGAUCGUGCCAUCAACAUCCUACAUACAAACCUUUUUACUUUCCUCGACUAA